UCAACAACAGCAGUCCGCUCUCCUGAUGUAUAUUUUAAAUUUUAUUAUCAUCAACCAGUUCUUGAUUUUGUGUUCUACCUGGAUCUAUACUCAUCAACUUAGUGCCUUCGGUAUGGUAUUGUCGGUAUUGUCACAGUAUAUCCUGUGGUAUCAUAUACCGAACAUGCCUAAGAUUUCAACAGUUUGUGUAUAUGUUUUAUACAAAAUGUUAAUAUAUUGUCAUAUAGAAGGAUGCAAUUCCACAACAUAUAAGAAAGAAAAAAAUAAAAAUAAGUUCUAUUUUUUCGGGGACCGGUUGUUCCGUCAGAUAAGCUUACUGUCAGGUUAAGUAUAUAUACUUGUCUCUUUCUUUAGAUGUUAUCUGAAAGAAAUAAAGAUAUAGUUUAACCUGAAAGUAAAUUAUCCACAUAGACAAAAAGAUGUCUUUUAGACUUCUAAAAGAUAUCUUGUCAUGUCUUGAGAUGUCUUGCAUUUUUUCCGAAAAGAUGUCUUUUAGGGAUCUAAAAGAUGUCUUAUGCAACAUUUUGAGUUAAGUUUAAAAUAUCUUUUAGAAAUCUGAAGACAUCUUGAAGAAUAUCUUUAAGACAUCUUAUGUACCACUUUCAGAUAUCUAAAAGAUGUCUAAAAGAUAUCUU